AUGUAGCUACCAUCAAUUGGAAAUACUUAGCACAUUUAGUUGAAAUUUGCGUUUGGUAUCAAUACCAACAUUAAAAAUAAUUUAUACUUUUUAGAUGAAGAAAAGAUCAUUUAUCCUGCAGGUUAUAAUAUUGUAUAGUAUAAUAUUCAGGAUAAAACAUAGGUUUAUUACCAAGGAUUAACUGAUUAUAGAGGCAUUUCUUGUAUCGAAUUAUCGCCUCUAAGAAGAUGGCUUGCCGUAGGACUCAAAGGAGCGAAAUUUGAUAAUGAAAAAUUCGAUAAUCCUUCUAUUGCGAUUUAUGAUACAAUUACAUAGCGUAAAAAACAUAUUUUAAAUUUCAAAGAGGUGAAAAUUAAAUAUUGGGUUUCUUUAGCAUUCCCUUCAUCUCAGUAAGAGGCUAAGCAUUUAGUGUCUCUAUCAGGAAAUUGUUUAAGUGAAAGACAUAAAGAUAAAGAGUCUAAAGAUAGAGACUCUAAAGAAAAGUAAAGCUCUGCAUAGUAAGGUAGUGAUAAAAUUGAAGGAGAAAUUAUUGCAUGCUACUGGAAUUUAUCAGGUAGUGGUAAGAUCUUAGCAUGGGUUCAAGUUUCUUUAGCAAAUAUAGAUGCAUUCGAAAUAUCUAUCAAUAAAAACGAUACAUCAUUCUUCAGUUGUAUUGGAAGAAAGGUAUUUAAGUGCUUUAAGAAAAUAGACAGCGUAGAAGAAGGUGAUAGACAGGCAGAUGAUAAAUAGAAAGGUGAAAAAUAAAAAGGAGAAAAAUAUAAAGCCACUUUAAAAAAUCAUUGCACUCAAUUAAAUGGAGCUCCUUAAGAGUUAUCUUAGGAUUAUACUUGCCACACAUGGCUAACAUGUGACAAUAAUUUAAUAGUUUGUACAGCAAAUGGUGAAAUUAUUGUUUGUAAUGAAAAUGCUGAAUUUAUUGAGGUUUUGAAAUAAUCACCUGUAUUUAUAAACAAGCAAUCUUGGAGAAUAGAGUGUAUUAAUACCUAUUCUAAAGGUUUUAUUGUAGGAGCUAAAGAUUCUAGCAUAUAUGUUUAUAGAGCUACAAACGACGAUAAGAAUCGUUACGAAGAAGUUAAUAGAGUUUUAUUUAAGUAAUACAGCGACCUAAAAGAUUUAUACGUGACUGGUUUGAGCAUUACACCUCAUUCUGAAGAUAAAAUAGCUUGCUCUCUCUCCAACAAUUAAAUAUAUUCAAUUAAAUUAAAAAGAGAUUCUAUAUAUUCAAGUGAUUCUGAUGAAUAAAUUGAAUAAGUUUCUCUUGCUUUCCAUAGUGGACCUAUAAAUGGAAUGGAUAUUUGUAUCAGAAAGCCCUUAAUAGCUACUUGUGGUAAAGACAAGACUAUUAAAGUUUGGAAUUAUGAAGAGAAAACUCUUGAACUUUCUUGGCUUUUUAAUGAAGAAGCAUAUUGUAUUGCACUUCAUCCUUCAGGUUUACAUAUGAUUGUAUGCCUUAAUGACAAGUUAAGAUGGAUGAAUAUUUGUUUGCAUUAGUCUUCAAAUUCUAAUAAAAGCAAACACUACAAAGAAAUUACUUAAUUCAAAUAAUGCAAAGAAGUCAGAUUUAGCAAUGGAGGUCAUUACUUUGCUGCAAUUGAUGGUACUCAAAGCUCAUAGUUAAUCAAAGUUUUCAGGUUUUAUACAGGAGAACAGCCACCCUCUUUAGUGUUCAAAGGACAUACUGGUAGAGUAAAAAGUUUAGCUUGGUCAAAGGAUGAUUCACUACUAGCUUCUUGCGGUGUUGAUGGUAUGGUGUAUAUUUGGCGUAUUGAUAAUGAUUCAGGAGAUUUACGUCUUUAUGAGAACUCUCAUAAGAGCAUCUAAUUGAGUUGUGUUGCUCUUAAUAUGGAUACUUAAAUGAUUUAUUCAUGUGGUAGUGACAGAUUUUUACAUUAAGGAUUCAUAUUUGACUCAAGUUAAUAGGCUAGAAAAAUCAAUUAAGAAGUUUAAUUAAACUAAAUAGCUUUCACAUCUACUAAUAAAAUAAUGUUUGCUGGUAUUGCAGAUGAGUAAAGAAGUUCUGGUGCUGUUAGAUGCAUUUUAUUCACAACUCCCACAAAUAAUAAAUUUUACGAUUACCCUGCUCAUGAUGAAUAGGGUAUUGAAAAGUUAAGAAUCACUUAUGAUGAUAAAUAUUUAAUAACUGCUGGUAGAGAUGGAUGCAUUAUGCUUUUCGAAAUUAAAGAUAAAGAUGCCAGAGGUAUGAGACUGAAAGAAGGUUACCCAAAGAAUGCAGAAGAAAUAUUAGUCACUCGCUAAGAUUUAGAUGACCUCAAAAAUACUAUUGAUAAUUACUAGUCUUUGAUUGGAGAAUUUAAUAAUCAAACCUUGAAUAACUAAACAAACUAAAAGGAUGAACAAAUUAAAUAAUUACAAGAAAGACUUUAAAAAUCUUUGGAACACAAUAAAACAGCUUAUGAAUAACUUCAAGAAAAGAAGAGAGAUAUUGAAAAGAAGUAUGAUGAAGAACUUAAAAUAAUGAAAGAAAAAUUUGAGGCUGAAAUUCAAGAAUUGGAUACAAGCUAUUAGAGAAAAGUAAUGGAUGAAGUUGAAAAGCAUGAGAGUGUGAAGAAAGUUCACGAAAUUCAAAGAAAUAAGAAUAAUAGAGAAAGAUAAUAAAAAGCCAUGCAGUGCUAAAUGCAAGCUCAGAGCUUAGAUUAAGAGUACUAAUAAAAACUUCAUGAAGAGAGAAGUUAAAGAGAAAGAGUUUAAAAUGAUAUAGAUAAAAUGCAAAAGGAUAAUGAUGAAAUUUACCGCUAAAUUGAGCAAGAAACAAAAGAAGAAAUUGAAAACUUGAAUAACAAAAAUUUAGAACAUGAAGCUGAAGUCAAAGAAAGACAUAAAAAAGCUAAAAGUGAUGCAGCCAUCACCACUAAAAAAAUAGACUAAAAGAAAAAGGAUUCAGAAUAAUACGAAGAGUAAUUCAGAUUACAUUAGAAGUAGCUCAAAAAAUUAAGAGAAGAAAAUGAAACUUUGCUCAAAGAAAUCCAACAAUAAAAAGAAAUUAUUUAAGAAAGAGAUAAAACAAUCGGCAAAUAAGAAAAGCAAAUAUAUAAACAGAAGAAGAAAUCAUAAAACUUGGAAAAGUUUAAGUUCGUACUUGAUCAUAAAAUCAAAGAAUUAAAACGUGAUAUAGGUCCUCGUGAAGACGAAAUAGCUCGUAUGAAGGAAGAAACAAAUUAGAUGGAUCAACUGUUAAAGAAAUACAAUUCCUAUAAUAACCAUUUAGGUAAUGCUGUAGAUGAGCUAUACACAGCUUAAGAGCUAAUGAACUCAGAAAUUAAGAAUCAAAGAACAGUUAUUUCAUCAACUAAUAACAAAAUCAAGCGCUUCAAAGAUGAUUUAUACAAAGCAGUACAACACAUUUAGGAUUAUGAAAAAUUGUAAUAACACGUUAAUGAAUUAAAGAGAUUGUAUGCUAACAAGAAUAUUGAACGUAAUAAAAACGAUGAAUAAAUUUUAUAGGAAUACGAAAAUCAAAAAGCUCACUUACAAUACAAAGUUUAACGUCUUAAAAAGUAUCUUAAGCAAGAUAAUCAAAUUCAUAAGGACUACAAUUUAGGUCUUAUGUCUAAUAAUGUCAAUCUCAUCAAAGAAAUUAAUAUAUUACGUAAGUAAAUUAAAGAUAUCCAAAAAGGAGAGGGAGGAUAAACAGGAAAACCUGCAGAACAUGCUAGAUCUCUAACUACAUCUUUUAAGCGUGCUAGAACAGCUGGUGUACGUUCAAACAGCAAAAACGGAAAUAGACCUGACGAAAUAGAUGAAGCUCUAAAUGAUCCAGCUAUUUAAUAAAAAUAGCAAAUCCUUGUUAUGCAAUCUGAUGAUAUAACAUAAUUAAGAGUUUAAUUAGAAGAGUUGCAUGAAGAAAAUAGAGCUCUUACAGUUUCAAAUAAUUUUUGA